AGCGCGCAGAGCAGUUGGCUCUUGCCAGGGCUCCAGGAAGGAUGCGCGAUCGGGGGUGUGCGCUUCUCGAGACUGUCACCGGUUUCCUGUGUGCCGGCCGCUCUACGGCCUACAACGCGGCACCAUAGCCUCGAUCAUUGAACAAAAGAAAUCUUUACUUGGAAGUACAUACAUAGAAAAUAUACGUAAAUAGAUAUUUGCAAAAAUCGAGAAAAAUCGUUGGCGAAAAACUUGACGAGUCAUUUUGUAGAGUGGAAACGAGGAUACCGAGAAUCGGUGAUGUUCGUUACUUAUUAUUCUGUACUUAUUAUUUGUAAAGUUUAAGCUUGAAGUUGAAAGUUAAAUUUUCAAGGUUAGAGAAGCAACGUUAUCCUACUUACAUAUGUAGUUAGGCACGAGAGUAGUGCGUUCGGUAUUUUUACGACGCGCUUAGGUUAAGUGUCAUUCAGUGUACGAGUAGCAGCGCUGAACAAGUUUGAAAGUGAAAAGAUUAUUUACCGUAUAUUGAUUAUCGUUAAGAUUCCUUCACGAGUAUCGAACGAUUUUGAUUUUUAUGCAAGAUUAAUAAAUAAAUAUAUCAUUUGUUGCCACGAAGAAAGGGAGACGAAGCUCGCCAUUGCAAGUGGUGAAAUUGAACGCAUUCAGAGUGGGCUUUUUGAUGCAAUGAAAAUUCCGUGAAACUUGGGUCGAUCGUUACGUUGAUGUGUAAAAAAGAUUAACGAAUCUUGUGAUAGUGGUAGUAACAGUGGUGGUGGUGGUGUUGUUGGUGUUGGUGGUGAUUUUUCACACUAGUAUCAUCAACGGAAUCGAAAAUAAUUUGGCAAAGGUUUGAUAAAUUGAAGAAAAUCUGGAAUAACCAGUGAAAAGCGUAAAGUUAGCCGGUUAUCGAAUGUUAUCGAGUCACUGGAUUCUAGGAUCCUGAAGCAUAUUGUUUACGUACAUAUACCCGUUGUCCGAAUGCAAGAAAUUGGAAAGAAUUUAAAGAAGGAAAAGCUACACUGGACGUGUUAGCAAGUUAUACAUAGGGCUGGUCACGACGUCACUUGAUGGCUCUUAUGAUUUUUGUACUUAAUGCAAAACCUAACCUCAACGCAAGCAGUACAGUGUACGUAUUAUAAAUCAGAAGUACAAUUGAAAGGAGAUCGGUGAAAGGAGAAAGAGGAUUUAGAAAAUUAAUUUUAACGAUUAUUCGUUGAAACGAGUCGGCAUUUUGUACUUAACUUUGAUUUUCGAAAGAAGCACUGUGCCGGCAUUACUUAUUUAUCGACAGUGUACAGUAUUAAUUGUCAGUGGUGGAGAAUAAUCAGUGAUAACGUUUUCCGAUAUUAAUCAUUUUCCACUGCAAUUAAGAAAAGUAUAAAAAGUAUAUUUGGAUACUUGGAUACUUGGCUAGUUGGAAAGAGAGCCGAGCCAUAUACCGGAACGGUUAUCAACGUAGAUCAACGCUGCUUCGCUUUCGAUAAUUUUACAGACAUUGCAGAAUAUCGUAUCAAGGUAAAUACAUACACAUUCCUCGAUGGAGAGUUCCGGUGGUGACAAACAGAACGAGUCGGACGACUGUGAUGUGACCGCCAAUAAUCAACAACAGAACAAGAUGACGGGUCAAGAAGACACCGAUGUAAAGAUAAAGAAAAACUUAGGGAAACAGGAGAUUUUAAAGAAUUUGAAAAAUCUAGAGAACAUUGGUCAAAAUGACGAGGCUACGAAUAAAUUACCAAAGACGGUGUCUCAAGAUGACGAAGAGGAGGAGAAGGAUGAUGAUGACGACGACGACGACGACGACGACGACGACGAUGAUGAUGAUGAUGAUGAGGAAGAGGAAGAGGAGGAGGAGGAAGAGUGCUGCAAAGGUUCUGACGAGGACGAACUGAAAGAGGAAAAAACCGACGGUAAAAAGGACGAAGAAUCUUCGAGUAGUACAACGUCAACCAGCGCAUCGGACGACGAAUCUGAAACAAGUUCAGAAGAUAAGACAGAGGCUUCGAAGACGGAGCAAAUUAAAACGGUUACAACCGAACAGGAAGAAACGGCGGAGAUGAAUAAGGAAAAGGAAAAGGAAAAGAAAAAGGAGGAUCAAACGACUAAAAAUGACGACACCACCGAUGACAGUGACAUCGAAGAUGACUUGAUUUCUGCUAUUAAUUACAAUACUAUCACCUCGUUGGCUGCGCUGAAGGAUAUGCUGCAAUCCUCUGGCGAGGAUUCAGAUGGUGUUGAUAGUUUCUUUCAUCAUUAUUUUCUUUCGCACGUAAACAGGUUACCAUCCAGAAAUCAGACGCAUAGUCCUUAUCCUUGGGGCAGGAGACUGUCCGAGUGUAGAGAAGAGGAUGAAUACGAAACCGAGGAGGGGAAAAAUGUGGAAAGUUUGGCAAAUGCAAACGAAACUAAAAAGGAUACUUCAAAGACGGAGGAGUCGGAAGAGAAAAACGACAGUCUCUCCUCGAAAGCAUCUAGUCCAUCAGUUUCCGAAAAGUCGAGUUCGGAGAAGAUCGAUCAAAAAUCAAAUCUACCCAGUUUGAUUAGUUCCGAGUCAAAACCAACCGCGACAUCUGCGGUGACGACGACGACAACAUCGAUGAUAACGACGACAACAACGACGGCGACGCCGACACCGACACCGACGAUGACGACGACGACGACGAUGACGACCACGACCGCGACGACGACCACGACGACGACCGCGACGACGACUUUAACGACUCCGACAACCAGUACGACGACCACUUCUAGAUUCACCACGUGCACGGUUACCUCGCCAACAUCAACGACGAAGCCUCCGUUAAGGAGGAGGCACACCACUGGUCCUGGCAUGACUUUUCCUGCCACGGAUCCACCGAGUUACUCGACCAGCAUGACCUUCUCGAGAACCAGCCCUCUUCCUAGUCCGCAUCUCGAUAAAAGAUUCUUUGAUAGCAGUUUGAUUGAAAUGAAGAGUCAGGCUAGUAGCUCCAGUACUCUGGAUUACGAUUCCACCGAGGAAGUGUGGAUUCGUAGGGUGGAUUUCGUUCAGGAAAGGAAGAGAAAGGAACUUGGAUCGCAACCGUUGCCAACAAUCGUCACCGAAGAUGCAGAUAAUUCGAAUCAUGCUUCUCAAGAUCAGGGUCACAGGCCUCGAGCAGGUACUUGGGGAUCGCAUUCGAGAAGUAUUAGGAAACCGACUUCGGGAAGUGCUCCUAGUUCUGGGAAAUCGACACCUCUUCCACAGCCAGCUGUUGAACCAUCGAGUUCGUCGAGUUCGAGCAAAGGUGGUAGAAAAGCUUCGGGAACACGAUCUGGAUCCACUAGCCGCAGUAAUAGCCGUAGUAAUAGCGCUGAACGUAGAAGAAGUGGAAGUACUGUCGAUGACACUGCUAGCCCUACCAAAAAACCAGCACUCUUCGAUGCCUUCAGGCCAAGAAGUAAAUCUGAUGCCAGCAAAAGAAAACCCAGUAUUAUAGCUAACAUGAAAAGUGCUGUACAGCACUCGUUGCACAGAGGUUCCCAUGGUAGUUCAUCAACAGAUGUGCAUACAGAUAAAGACCAUCACAGGGAUAGCAAGGAUCAUAAGGAAGGCAGAGAGCAACCCGUAGGACGACCGCGAGCUGGUUCGGAAAGCAGCAGAAAUCCUGUGAGCAAAGUUAUGGAUCUCAUUAGGCAUAGAAGCCACAGCGCUCUUAGCUCGGAUGACAAACGAAAAGCGAGGACUGCAGCCCAACAUCAAGCACAAAUAGCAGCACAGGCUCCACUGGAUACGUGCGAGUCAAGGGACGCAUACGAUUUGAAAAAUCGAACAGAUAGCUUAAACGUUCCUCAGAAGAGAGGAAAUAGCUCGUCUAGCAAGAUGCACGGUAUAAACCAUCUAUUGUCGCACCAUGGAUCCCAUAAUGGCGACGCAAGAACCGGUGUCGCCCAGCCUAAUCAGGAAGAGAAAAGUUUAUCCGCAUCGGAUACAACUAGACAACAGAACACGAAGAUUUUACAAGAAUUAUUAAGCCAGAAACACAUACAGAAACGGAUAUCGCGUGGUUCAGUUAGCUCGACUUACUCUUACGGUUCUUCCACGUCUUACGGUUCCUCUCAUGGAUCCAGUUCUUCGAAUCAUAGUUCCUCCCUCUACCACGGUGCAAACAAUCAUUCGGUGUAUCACACGAUCCACGGGAACAGUCAUUACACGCAUCAGACGAAUCAUCAUCAUCAUCAUCCUCUUCAACACAUACAUCAGAUGCACCAAACGAAUAGCGGCAGAGCGUCACCCACCUCGCCUAGUCCUACCGGUGAUCAGGAGAAACAUCAUCAUCAACACCACCACCAUUACAGCAUUCAAGAGAUGAUAAGACAUUUCGGGAGACGAUUGGGUCAUAUAAGAAGACAAAGCGAAUGCCAGGAUCCACCCCGGAAGAAGGAAGAAGAUUUUCGUAAUAGAAGUCAAAGUUUGGAUGGUGGUGCUAGACAUCCGAGUUUAAGAGAUGCCGAUUGCGAGACAACCUACAGAAUCUACGAAAGUAUACUCAGGCAAGGAGCUCUCAGAAGAAGUUCUUUGGAUCCUGGUGCAAGGAGAUUUUCUUUGGGUACACCUGCGAUCCCCCAUAGAGCUUCAGAUGCCUACUUAGAUCCUGUGCACGCUGCUAUCCUCUUCAGGGAUUCCAGAGGGUUACCAGUGGUAGACCCAUUCCUGGAGAAAGUUUCGCUCUCUGAUCUCGAGGAGGACGAAUCACAAAUUUUCGUCAAGUUCUUUAAAUUUCACAAAUGCUACGACCUAAUACCGACCAGUGCCAAACUAGUCGUGUUCGACACGCACCUCCUUGUCAAGAAGGCCUUCUUCGCCCUGGUUUACAAUGGUGUAAGAGCUGCACCUUUAUGGGACAGUGGAAGACAAGAAUUUGUUGGAAUGUUAACUAUAACGGACUUUAUAAAAAUCUUACAAAUGUACUAUACCAGCCCGUCUGUAACAAUGGAUGAAUUGGAAGAACACGAGUUAGAUACAUGGAGAAAAGUCUUAAAGGAUCAGGUUCAUCCAUUAGUGAGCAUUAGCCCAGAUGCAUCUUUGUACGAGGCCAUUAAAACAUUAAUUCAAAAUAGAAUUCAUCGUUUACCUGUGAUAGAUCCGGAUACUGGAAAUGUUCUCUAUAUUUUGACACACAAACGAAUUCUUAGGUUCCUCUUCCUUUAUAUACACGAGCUACCAAAACCAUCCUUCACUAAUAAAACAUUGAGGGAGUUAAGGAUAGGUACAUUCGAAAAUAUAGAAACAGCAACAGAAGAAACUAGCAUAAUUUUAGCAUUAAAAAAAUUUGUUGAAAGGAGAGUUUCAGCAUUACCAAUUAUUGAUUCUGAUGGAAAAUUAGUUAACAUUUAUUCAAAGUUUGAUGUUAUCAACUUAGCAGCAGAAAAAACAUAUAACAAUUUAGAUGUUUCAUUACGCGAAGCAAAUGAACACCGUAAUGAAUGGUUCGAAGGAGUUCAAAGUUGUAAAUUAGAUGAAACCCUGUUUACCGUUAUGGAAAAGAUUGUUAGAGCAGAAGUCCAUAGGCUAGUAGUGGUCGAUGAUGAUGAUAAAGUGAUUGGUAUAAUUUCCCUAUCCGAUCUACUAUUCUACCUCGUUCUUAGGCCUUGCGGUGAAAAUGGCAGUAGCAAUAAAGAUAGUUCUAUUUCCUUAAGAGCACAGGAUUCAAUUGCGUCAAAGGCACCGAGUUCUCUGCAAUCCGAAGCUUCUAUUCCCGAUGGUGAAGCGGAAGUUACAGAACAAGAUACAGCUGAAGUAAACGAAUCUGAAGUAAUAAUCGAAACACCUAGUCCACCGCUAAGUCCCGCGACGUCAGAUAUUUCUGAGCCUCAGUCUGCUUUAGUAAAUCAAUCUCAAGAAUCUGCAUGGAGAGAAGUAACUGUAUCAGGAGGAGAAUGAGGGAAUGCUGUUCUAACGUGCUGUUAAGCACGCAUUUGUGAAUUAAUAUAAUACGACUUUAACGUCACAAUUUUCAAUGCAAAAACAGCAAACAGCAAACAGUGAACGAAUAAGCAUAUUAUUUUUCGUCUGUUUUUAAUGCUUCUAUUCCCCUGCAGUUAAGAAUUUGCGAAAAAAAAGAAAGAAAAAACCAGAAAAAAAAGGAAAAGAAAAAAUUACUCUGUUGUGCUCGUUCGAUCAGUUUGUCAAAAGAACAACUGUUAUCAGAAAUAACUAAGUCACGCUGAGCGAGAAGACAGCAAACGGUUUACUGGACGCGCGACAACUAACGAUGAUGCGUCGCUGCAUACUUUAUAAAGUUGAUUAAGCUUAAUUUUUUAUGGUACAAACGGUAUUCAGCAUAGACGUUCGAGCUUCUUGCCAGAAACGAUUGCUACGCCAUUAUCUGCUCAGGGUAUAUCUCUACGCCCUUUCUUCAAUCCUCUGUUGAAAAUCUUUCACAAUUUUUAGAAGAAACGAAUGCCUAUUUGUUUCAUCCUUUACAUUUACUACACUCUUUGAAUGGAACCUUUGUAUUUUAUUUCAGAUAAAGAAAUUAGAGGUAAUACUUUAUUUACAUUGAAACAGCUCGAAGGGAAGUAUCAACAGGACACGAAAGAAGCGUUAACGUAUAUCGAAAGAGUGCUCCAUAAUUAAUAAAUAUGGACCUCAUUUACAGAGGCCUUCCACGCUUUUUCCUGACAGAAACGGAAAGGCUACAGUUUUAAGCAGAUGUCUACAUAUGUAUAUCUCGUGUGCUUAUCCUAAACAAAAACAACAACAAAAAAGAAAAAAAAAAAGAAAAAAGAAUAGUUUCUUGUUCGUGAACUAUCACGUUAGAGAUUUCAAUAUUCGAAACUGACGCGCAUAAUAAAUAAUUCUGUUUUAAACAAUUGCACAGCAUGUGAUACAUUUUACAAGAAAGAACAGAAAAGGAAAGAAAAAAAAAAAAUACGGUGCUUUUGAUUUUGCAAAUUAAUAACCGAUUCUGAUAUAUAGCUACUAAACGGUAAUAGUACGCAUAUAAUAACUAAUGAACAGGAAAAAACGAAAUAAUAAUUAGAAUAUUUGAAAUUGAUUGUGUUGUCGUGCAAGUUAAAUGAUGCAUCUGCAACCAGGACAUUUCUGUACAGGAAAGUAAUAAUUAAAUGAAUCCCAAUUCAAGAUGUAUCCUUAAAUUUUAACAUUAUUGAUCUAUGUAUUUUUAAUUAUUUAAAACGAAAAAGUAUAUUGUUCAAUAUUAAAAGGCCUACAAAACAUGAAAAAAGGAAACAAUUUUACCUUCAACAUACGCUGCCGCCAAUUUUUUUAAAUCGAUACUUUUCAAAACGAAUCUACUAUGGCAUGUUCUUCAAAUUAUUUACAAUCAAAUUUAAUUCUGAACAUGUUUUAUUUUACAUUUAUUUUAGAUUUUUAUAGAUAUAACUUUAUUUAAUAUCGCUUCUUUGAGUACCUUUAUCAUGUUUGUAUAUGCUUUUUACAGUGAGGUUUUUAUAAAUUAACUACGUUACGUUGAUAAAGUUUCCUUUGGAAUAGAGAAAAAUGAAAAAGCAAAGCUUUUAUAUGAUCUGUGACCACAUUUUGUAUAAUAUUAUGUAAUCGUUAAGGAGGAUGUAACUAACAGCACGUAAAAUGCGAAUGAAACGUUUUCUAAUUAUAUUUUAUAUUGUUACUAAUUGUUGUAUGUAAAGAAUGGUUAAUCAAAAAAAAAAAAAAAACAAAAAACAAAAAAAAAA